AUGGUUACGCUCAUGGGAAUUCAGGUUACUGGAGUCCUCAAGCAGCAGCUCUUUGAGAGGUGCGUGCACUUCUCUGACAAGCCAGAGCAGGGCAUGGACUUUGCAGGAUUCCUGCAGCUCAUGCAGUGGAUGGUCGGCACAAACUUUGGCAACAUACUCUCUGCCGCAGAGCAGACGGUGAAGUCUGAAGGUCUGAGAUCUGAUGGCACCAGUGCCGUUCCGCAGCAGCCAGGGGUGAUGAAUCUAUCCAAGUUUGGCCACAUGGAGAUGAGCGUCAACGUGCGGUCCAGGAAGUACCUUGGUUGA